CAUACAUAUGGAGAAGUAAGCAAAACAAUUACUGCCAGUAAUGUUGUAUUUGAAAAUAUGAAUAUUUCGAAAAAAAAUGGCAAGUAACACAGAAAAUUAGAGAAAAAUGCGAAAAAAUAGAAAUUGUAUGUAACUAAAUGCUUACCGCCAUUGCUAUAUAAACCGCACACAUUUAAAUAAUAAAUCAUUCAGCAGCUUAACAGCUUACGAGGCAGCAAUUGUGUACACACCACCAAAUCUUUGCAAAUGGCAUACAAGUUCGUAGCAAUUCUCGCUUUUGCCGCGUUGGCCAGCGCUGGCGUUCUGCCCGUGCAUGAAGUGUACCAACACGCACCAGUUACCAGCGCUGUGGUGAAGGCGCCAGUGGCUUAUGCUGCUCCAGCUCCAGCUUAUGCUCAAUCGGUUCUUGCCAAGCACGAUGACGAAUAUGACCCACAUCCACAAUAUAAAUACGGUUAUGAUGUGCAGGACGCACUCUCUGGCGACUCCAAGAGUCAAACGGAGGAACGCGAUGGUGAUGUCGUCCGCGGCGAAUACUCCUUGGUCGAUGCUGAUGGUUUCAAGCGCGUAGUACAAUACACCGCCGAUCCCGUUAACGGUUUCAACGCUGUUGUCAACCGCGUGCCUUUGGAACAUGUAAAAACUGUGGUGAAAGCUGCGCCUGUAGCCUAUGCCGCACCAGCUCACGGUCUCGUUAAGCAGUUCGCCGCCCCAAUUGCGUAUCAUCACUAGAGUGAUCUAGAAAGCCAAUUGCAACUGCCAAAUUUGGUCAUUGUUAUCGCUGGAAGGAAUUGUUAAGUAGUUUUAGGGAAAAAAGAAAACAAAUUGAAUAAAAGCCACUGAGCUUUUUAAGCUUCAUUUGAUAA